AUGGCUCCCACCGUCAAUGGUGUCAACGGGGCUGCAAGGUCUUCGCUGCCAAACGGCACCGAUGGCACGACCAGCUCCUGGCAGGCGAAGCACAAAAUCGCUUCCCACUUCAUUGGGGGAAACAGCCUAGAGAAUGCCCCUCCCAGCAGAGUCAAGGACUUUGUCCAGGAGCAUGAUGGGCACUCAGUGAUUACAUCUGUUUUGAUCGCGAACAACGGUAUCGCAGCCGUCAAAGAAAUCCGCUCAGUACGAAAAUGGGCAUACGAGACAUUCGGCGAUGAGCGUGCCAUUCAAUUCACGGUGAUGGCUACACCAGAAGAUUUGCAGGCGAACGCAGACUACAUUCGUAUGGCGGAUCAAUAUGUUGAGGUGCCAGGAGGCACGAAUAACAACAAUUAUGCAAACGUCGAGCUGAUUGUUGAUAUCGCUGAGCGUAUGAACGUCCACGCUGUUUGGGCCGGCUGGGGUCACGCCUCAGAAAACCCUAAACUACCAGAGUCGUUGGCAGCGUCGCCAAAGAAGAUCAUAUUCAUCGGCCCUCCAGGGUCCGCGAUGCGAUCUCUGGGUGACAAAAUCUCUUCCACAAUUGUCGCGCAACAUGCUAAAGUACCCUGUAUUCCCUGGUCUGGAGAAGGUGUUGACGAGGUGGAAAUUGACAAGGACGGCAUCGUUACUGUCAAAGACGAAGUCUACGACAAAGGCUGUGUUCAUUCGCCGGAAGAAGGCUUGGAGGCUGCGAGGAAGAUUGGAUUCCCCGUGAUGGUCAAGGCUUCAGAAGGAGGAGGUGGUAAAGGUAUCCGAAAAGUCGAGAAUGAAGAGGACUUUGUCUCCUUGUACAACGCGGCGGCCAACGAAAUCCCUGGUUCUCCCAUCUUCAUCAUGAAGCUUGCAGGGAACGCCCGUCAUUUGGAGGUGCAGCUUCUGGCGGACCAGUACGGUAACAAUAUCUCCCUCUUCGGCCGAGACUGUUCCGUGCAGCGCAGACAUCAAAAAAUCAUCGAAGAAGCUCCAGUCACAGUCGCAAAGCCAGAGACUUUCCACCAGAUGGAGCAAGCUGCCGUCCGAUUGGGAGAAUUGGUGGGCUAUGUUUCGGCUGGCACGGUUGAGUACCUCUACUCGCACGCGGACGACAAGUUCUACUUCCUUGAGCUGAACCCCCGUCUGCAGGUGGAACAUCCGACGACGGAAAUGGUGAGCGGUGUCAACCUGCCUGCUGCCCAGCUUCAGAUUGCCAUGGGCCUGCCACUUCAUCGGAUUCGCGACAUUCGUCUGUUGUAUGGCGUGGACCCGCACACGUCGACCGAGAUUGACUUUCAUUUCAAGAACGAGGCCAGUCUAAAGACUCAGCGCCGGCCGCGGCCCAAGGGCCAUACUACCGCCUGCCGUAUUACGUCUGAAGAUCCCGGUGAAGGCUUCAAGCCCUCAAGCGGUACCAUGCACGACCUGAACUUCCGCUCCAGUUCCAACGUCUGGGGUUAUUUCUCCGUGUCUUCCAAUUCCAGCAUCCACAGCUUCUCCGACAGCCAGUUUGGUCAUAUCUUUGCAUAUGGCGAGAAUCGAUCUGCCUCCCGAAAGCAUAUGGUCGUUGCUCUAAAAGAAUUGAGCAUCCGAGGUGAUUUCAGAACCACCAUUGAAUACUUGAUCAAGCUGCUGGAGACCCCGGCUUUUGAGGAAAAUACCAUCACCACUGGUUGGCUUGAUGAGUUGAUUUCGAAGAAGCUGACAGCCGAACGCCCCGACCCAAUGCUUGCUGUUCUCGCCGGAGCUCUUACCAAAGCCCACAUUGCAAGUGAGGCCUGCAUUGCUGAGUACCGCAAGGGUUUGGAGAAGGGUCAAGUGCCUCCAAAAGAUUUGCUCAAAACCGUCUUUCCCCUCGAUUUUAUCUACGAGGGCCAGAGGUACAAAUUCACCGCAACCCGAGCAAGUCUGGAUAGUUACCACAUUUUCAUCAACGGCUCAAAAUGUUCGGUUGGAGUGCGAACUCUUGCGGACGGCGGUUUGUUGAUGCUCUUGGCUGGCCGAUCUCACAGCAUUUACUGGAAGGAGGAAGCCACCGCUAUCCGCCUCAGCGUUGAUAGCAAGACCUGCCUCCUUGAGCAGGAGAACGACCCAACUCAGCUCCGGACCCCGUCGCCGGGUAAAUUGGUCAAGUACACUGUGGAGAAUGGCGCUCACGUGAAAGCUGGCCAGCCUUUUGCCGAAGUUGAGGUAAUGAAGAUGUACAUGCCGCUUAUUGCUCAGGAAGACGGUGUUGUACAAUUCAUCAAACAACCAGGAGCCACGCUCGAAGCUGGUGACAUCCUGGGCAUACUAGCACUCGAUGACCCGUCCCGAGUCAAGACUGCAGAGACUUUUACUGGACAGCUCCCGGAUCUUGGUCCUCCACAAGUCGUCGGCAACAAGCCCCACCAGCGUUUCGCGCUUCUUUUCGGCAUCUUGCAGAACAUCUUGAUGGGCUUCGAUAAUCAAGUUAUCAUGGCGUCCACCCUGAAAGAAUUGGUUUCCGUGUUGAGAGACCCAGAAUUGCCUUAUGGCGAAUGGACGGCAAGAGCUUCCGCCCUCCAUUCUAGGACGCCGCAAAAGCUUGAUGCUCAACUUGACCAGAUUGUCGAACGAGCUCAUUCCCGCAAGGCUGAGUUCCCUGCCAAGCAAUUGCAAAAGGCCAUCAACCGUUACAUUGAAGAAAACAUGUCUCCUGCCGAUGGGGCGACCCUUCGCACCACUUUGGCACCUCUCGAGGAAGUUAUCAACCGAUAUGCGGAGGGUCUGAAGGUUCAUGAAUUCUCGGUCUUUACGGGCCUGCUCGACCAAUACUACCAAGUCGAGAAGCUCUUUGCUUCCGGUAGUCACCGCGAUGAGGACGUCAUUCUCAAACUCCGAGAUGAGCACAAGGAUGAUCUCACUUCUGUCGUGUUCACGGUGCUGUCCCAUACGCGUGUUUCAGCGAAGAACAAUCUUAUCAUUGCAAUCCUCGACAUGUACCGACCUAACCAGCCCAAUGUCGGAAACGUGGGCAAGUAUUUCCGACCUUACCUUCGCAAGCUUACCGAGCUCGAGUCGCGUGCUACCGCUAAGGUCGCCUUGAAGGCACGCGAGUUGUUGAUCCUUUGCGCUUUACCCUCCCUAGAGGAGAGAGCUUCGCAGAUGGAGCACAUUCUCAAGUCUUCGGUGGUGGAAUCGAAAUAUGGCGAGACGGGCUGGGAGCACCGUGACCCCGACCUCGAUGUCUUGAAGGAAGUGGUCGACUCACGUUACACGGUCUUCGAUGUUCUCCCGCUAUUCUUCGCGCACCACGACCCUUGGGUCGGUCUCGCUGCCCUUGAAGUGUACAUCCGCCGCGCGUAUCGUGCCUAUACUGUCAAGUCAAUUGAGUAUCACAAUGAUGUGGACCCUCCUUUCUUCAUCUCGUGGGACUUCGUUCUGCGCAAAGUCGGACAAUCUGAGUUUGGCUUGCCAUUGGCGUCCUCAUUCCCGUCUGGACAAGCGACUCCUUCACAGCAGGGCAAUCCAUUCAAGCGCAUCACCUCUGUGAGUGACUUGUCGUACCUUAACAAGGUACAAGGAGGGGAGGAUGAGCCUACUCGGAAGGGCGUCAUCGCACCUUGCCACUACUUGGACGAGGCCGAUGAGACUCUUGCGCGUGCCCUGGAAGCCUUCCCCAAGGCGUCUAAGGACAAACGCCCCAGCCAACCACAACUCCUGCCGACACUGGAUAGUCAGAGAAGACCGCAGCAACAAAAGCCCGAGGUGCCGGAUGACGAAUUGACCAAUGUCGUCAAUAUCGCUAUCCGCGACAUCGAAGGCCUGGAUGAUUCGGAGGUCUUGAAACGUUUGCACAGCCUGAUCGCUGAAUACAAGUCCGAGCUCCUGGCACGCAAGGUCCGCCGUAUCACUUUCAUUUGCGGUCACAAGGAGGGAACUUACCCGGGAUACUUUACUUUCCGUGGCCCGACUUACGAGGAAGACAUGGAUAUCAGACACAAUGAACCAGCCCUUGCGUUCCAACUGGAGCUGGGAAGAUUGUCGAGGUUCAAGAUCAAGCCUAUUUUCACACAAAAUAGGAAUAUCCAUGUUUACGAGGCCAUCGGCAAGGGCGACGAAAGAGAUAAGGUUGUUGACAAGCGCUACUUUACACGCGCCGUUGUCCGUCCUGGUCGAUUGAAGGACGAGAUCCCCACCGCUGAAUACCUGAUCUCAGAGACAGAUCGUCUCGUCAACGACAUCUGUGACGCUCUCGAAAUCAUCGGUAACAACAACUCCGAUUUGAACCAUAUCUUCAUCAACUUUACCCCGACAUUCAAUUUGCAACCCAAAGACGUCGAGGAGCAAAUUGCUGGCUUUCUGGAGCGGUUCUCUCGGAGAUUCCUACGCCUUCGUAUCACCGGCGCGGAAAUCCGAAUCUUGUGCACUGAUCCCGACACUGGGUUGCCAUAUCCUCUUCGUGUUAUGAUCACGAAUACGUCUGGAUAUGUCGUCCAAGUCGAGUCGUAUGUCGAGAGAAAAUCCCGCACCGGCGAGUGGGUUUUCGAGAGUAUUGGCGGUACUACUAAGGUUGGCUCCAUGCAUCUCCGACCAGUUUCCACCCCGUACCCGACCAAGGAAUGGUUGCAGCCCAAGCGUUACAAGGCUCAUUUGAUGGGCACGCAAUAUGUCUACGAUUUCCCCGAACUGUUUAGACAGGCCAUUUCCAAUAGCUGGGCCAAAGCCAUUGCGAAGCAUGCCCCUCUCGCCGAGUCAAGACCGGAGGUUGGGAUGUGCCUUGAGUACAGCGAGCUCAUCCUCGAUGACAACGACAACGUCACCGAGGUGUCGCGCGAGCCCGGUACCAACACCUGCGGUAUGGUUGCAUGGCUGCUAACAGCCAAAACUCCUGAGUACCCCCGAGGUAGACGGUUUGUCAUCAUUGCCAACGACAUCACCUACCAAAUCGGAUCUUUCGGUCCUGUGGAAGACAAGUUCUUCUUCAAGUGCACUGAAUUUGCUAGGAAGCUUGGUAUCCCUCGCAUUUAUCUGUCUGCCAACUCUGGUGCCCGGAUUGGCAUGGCUGAUGAACUCAUCCCGCAUUUCUCCGUGGCCUGGAAUGAUGAAGCACAUCCCGAGGCAGGUUUCAAGUAUCUCUACCUGACGCCCGAGAAGCGGAAGCAACUCAGCAACAAGGAAGUCAUCACUGAACAAGUCUUCGAGGACGGGGAGGAACGGCACAAGAUCACCACGAUCGUCGGGGCCAAAGACGGAUUGGGAGUGGAAUGCUUGCGAGGCUCAGGUCUCAUUGCCGGCGCCACCUCUAGGGCCUAUGAGGACAUCUUCACCAUCACCCUGGUGACUUGUCGCUCUGUGGGUAUUGGUGCAUACCUAGUUCGUCUCGGUCAGCGUGCGAUCCAGAUCGAAGGUCAACCGAUCAUUCUCACCGGUGCCCCUGCCCUGAACAAAGUGUUGGGCAAGGAGGUCUACACCUCUAAUUUGCAACUCGGUGGCACUCAAAUCAUGUACAAGAAUGGUGUCUCUCACAUGACCGCCAGUGACGAUUUCCAGGGUGUUGAGAAGAUCGUUGAAUGGAUGUCAUUCAUCCCUGACAAGAAGGGUCAACCAGUACCGGUGAGCCCAUCGGCUGAUACCUGGGAUCGUGACAUUGGCUUUUAUCCUCCUCCACGACAGCCUUAUGAUGUUCGACACCUCAUCGCCGGCAAGGAAGACGAGGAAGGCUUCGUGUCCGGUUUGUUCGACAAGGACUCUUUCCAGGAGGCCCUCGGCGGCUGGGCACGAACUGUUGUCAUUGGUCGUGCUCGUCUUGGUGGCAUCCCCAUGGGUGUCAUUGGAGUCGAGACUCGCACUGUGGAGAACGUUACUCCCGCUGACCCUGCCAACGCCGACUCCAUGGAGCAGGUUGUCCAGGAAGCUGGAGGUGUCUGGUUCCCCAACUCCGCCUUCAAGACUGCUCAAGCCCUCAAAGACUUCAACUAUGGCGAACAACUUCCCGUCAUGAUCCUCGCCAAUUGGCGUGGUUUCUCCGGUGGCCAACGCGACAUGUACAACGAGGUGCUCAAAUAUGGAUCCUACAUUGUCGAUGCCCUUGUCAAGUAUGAGCAACCAGUCUUCGUCUACAUCCCUCCGUACGGCGAACUUCGUGGUGGAUCAUGGGUCGUGGUCGAUCCUACCAUCAAUCCUGAACAGAUGGAGAUGUACGCUGACGAGGAAUCUCGCGGUGGCGUCUUGGAGCCCGAAGGUAUUGUGGGUAUCAAAUACCGUCGCGAAAAGCAACUUGAAACCAUGGCCCGACUGGAUCCGGUCUAUGGGGAGCUUAAAGCUCAGUCGCUCCGCAAGGACCUUACUCCCGACCAGAUGAACGAGAUCAAGGCCAAGAUGACCGAGCGCGAAAAACUUCUUGAGCCCGUUUACCAGCAGAUUGCCCUUCAAUUUGCCGAUCUCCACGAUCGUGCUGGACGCAUGCAAGCCAAAGGAGCCAUCCGGAUGCCACUCAAAUGGCAGAACGCGAGAAGAUUCUUCUACUGGCGUCUCCGCAGGAGGUUGUCUGAAGAAGUGUUGCUUAAGAAGCUCAGCAGCAGUCAGGCAGCUGGCGGUGCCUCUCCACCAACUAACGGAAUGGCCGCGAGAGAGACUAACCUGGCGUUGCUCAAACACUGGUCUGGCCUGCUGGAUGUCGAGUUUGAGAAGGAUGAUCGCAAGGUGGCUGAGUGGUACGAGAGUCACAGAAAGGAAGUGUACGCCAAGAUCGAUGCGGUCAAGAGCGAGUCAAUCAGUAAGAAGGUUGCCGAUCUGUUGAUGGGCAACAAAGAGGGAGGCUUGAAGGGAGUCCGUGAGGUCCUGAGUCUUGUUCCUACCAGCGAGAGGGAACAGCUGGUCAAGUAUUUGACCGGUGCUUAG